UGAAGUGCUCUAAGAAAUGAGUCCGAAAUUUAUAUUAAUUACUUUAGUAUUUAUUCCCAAGAUUUACUGUAAAUAUCAUGCCCCAACAAAUUACUCUUACAACGAGUUAAGUGAUCAUACAAUGGUGACUGAAAACGGUGUCUUCCCAUACGUAGUAGCUAUAUUAAAGAAAUCUUCUUAUAUCAGUGCUGGAGCCUUAAUUGAUGAUAGUUGGGUGUUGACAGCUGCAGAUGCAUUAUAUUUAUUACGAGAAUCCAUUCGAGAAAUCAGAGUACGGUUAGGAAGCAUUAACUUCAAGAAAGGAGGUACACUUCUACCAAUAAAAUUCUUCGAAAUUCACCCAUAUUUUGAGGAUACCAAACCAGAAUAUGACCUAGCAUUGGUCAAGUUGCCUAGACCAGUUCAGUUAAAUAACAAUUUGAAUCCUAUCAGACUGCAAAGGAAAAUCAGACCAGUUACUGCAUCCCAUUUUAUUGUGACGGCUUGGCCUAGCCCUGCGGAGGCGACUUCUCGCCACAAUCCACAACGUCUCAUAGAUCACGAUAGAAUUUUUUUUCCCAAAUUAAAGCUGAAUCGAGAGAAGAACUCCGAGGAGUUGCAGCAGCUACGUUCAAUGGAAGUAAUCAACCGCCGUCGGAUACUGUCAGUGGCACAUUUGCAUCCGUCAGAUUCUGAACGAUGUACUGAAGAGAUGGAAGGACUGGACAUUAAUAAUACAGAAACGUUGAUGUGUUUAGAUCCAGCGAUAGGAACCGAGCCUUGUACGAGAGAUAUCGGGGCUCCAGUAGUCCUUAACAACAUACUCUGGGCUGUGAUAUCUUCAUACAAACCUGAAGACUGUGAAUUGGACUCCGGGCCGUCAUUUGCAACUAAGGUAGCGGCGAAUGAUAUCAGUUCCUGGAUUCACGCUACAGUACGAGGACAUAGAUGGAGUCACCAGCAAAAUAGGAUUUUUGCUAAUGACGACGAAGAUUACGACGAGAAUGAUCUAGACGACGAUGACAGUAGUUGACAUGGGCGUUUUAUUUCUCUUUUUUAUAUCAAGUUCACCCUCAAUCACUAUAUUAUAAUUCUAAACGAAUUGUUUGUCAUUAUUGCCUUGACAGUAGAUUACAAAUGACAAUAGAAACUGUACCUUAUCUCUUUGUUGAAAUUCUUCAUCACCUAAUGAAAGAAGCAGUAUUGCCGUUUUUGUAAACG